AUGGCGGACGCAAAAAACAGUCCCAAGGCGGCGUCUACAGGAGACAAAUCAAAGAGCGCCUCCCCGAAUAGGUCUAAGACUGCAUCACCAGCGGGUGGACUUUCUCCAGGUUCUACUCGUGAAGAGGUCCUCGCAGCUGCCAUUGAAGUCGACGAUGCGAUCCCAGAUAACGACUCUACUAUUGAAGAUAGAAUUUCUUCAUACACCGCCUCCCUGACUUCCAGUGUAGUCGACUACCCUACGGAGAACGGUAGACGUUACCAUGCUUUUCGAGCUGGAGCUUACUAUGGCCCCAAUGAUGAGCAAGAAAUGGAUCGGCUUGACUUCAAUCAUAUGCUCAUGACAAAAGCGAUUGGAAAUAAGCUCUUUCUGGCUCCGAUCGAUGCUGAAAAAGUUCAUAAUGUCCUCGACAUUGGGACAGGCACCGGCAUCUGGGCUAUUGAAGCAGCAGAAAUAUUCCCCAAUGCCAAGAUCACUGGGAACGAUCUGAGUGCCAUUCAACCCACUUGGGUUCCGCCUAAUGUCCAUUUUGAGGUCGAUGACGUUGAAAGUCCUUGGCUCGGCUUGAACGGAUUUGACUUCAUCUUCUGCAGGUACAUGCUUGGGGCCAUUGCAGACUGGCCAAAGCUGAUGGAACGGGUCUACGAGAACACCAAGGACGGUGGAUGGGUCGAGUUCCAGGAUUACGACCUGAGCUUCGUGUCCGACGACGGCAGCCUCACAGAUGAGCAUGAGACCAUGAAAUGGGUACAGGGAUUCAUUAAGGCUUGCGAAACAAUAGGCCGCAACGCAUGCCCCGGGCCUCAUCUGGAAGGAUGGGUCAAGGAUGCUGGGUUCAUCGACGUCGUGCAUCAGCGGUUCAAAUUGCCAAUUGGACCAUGGCCCAAGGACCCUCAUUACAAGGAACUUGGAAUUAUCAAUCUAAUCCAAUUGAUGGACGGCGCAGAGGCAUUCACUUUCAGGAUCUUCUGCGACGUCUUGGGAUGGACUCGUGAUGAGUGUAUCGUCAUGCUUGCCAAGGUCCGCAACGAGUUGAAGUCUAACACCUUCCACGCUCGCAUGGAGUUGUGA